AUGUGCAAGAUCCUCGAGCUGAUUGAAAAAACUAAAACCUCCUUGUUUUCAGAUGUGCAUAGCGUGGUGAAUCCAUUGCUGGCUGCGUUGCCGCCACAGCUGCACUGCUUGCCGCCAUAUUGUCAUCAUCUGCCGCCGAGAAAUACUACACUUCUUCCAUCACCGACGAGCGAGCUGGAAAUCCGGCGUCGCGGCGAGAAGCGACCCAUCCCUCAGGAGUUGAAGGAUGAGAAGUACUUCGAGCGGCGACGCCGGAACAACCAGGCUGCUAAGAAGUCGAGAGACGCCAGGCGGAUCAGGGAAGACCAGGUAAAUGGCAAUGCCCAGAUAGCGUGGCGGGCGUGUCUUCUAGAACAAGAGAAUGCGUCGCUCCGAGCUCAUGUAGCAGCCCUAAGACAGGAAGCCCUAGCGCUCCGGUCACUGCUGGCGGCGAGAGACGAGCCGCCGGCACCCGCGCCUUCUUCUACUACACCGGAUUAGAUAUAAGAAUAGGAUUUUAGAUUAAAGAUAGAAUACCUACUAGCAUACAGACCUACCAUACCUAUUUUCCAAGUAUCGCUCAGGUUCGCUAAACAUUCUGCUAGUGGUUUGAAACUGGUGAACUUUCA